ACGUGUCCUGGCCUGUCUGCCUCACAUGACCCCUCUGUUUGUCCCCGUGACCAUCCUCCAUCUCCGCGGAUCGCUCGUUCCCACGCUGACGGAGCCUUCAUGGAUAUGCUGGAGCAGAGUGUGGACAGCUCGGCGAGUCACGACAAACAGGAACCCGACGACAUUGAGCAGUUACAGGAAGGAGAAGUAGCUGGGACCAUUUCUGCUGUCGCACAGGCUGCGUUCUCUGACCACAAUGUCCAGUACCAGUUUCGCACAGACAAUAAUGGCGGGCAGGUGACCUAUCGUGUCGUCCAGGUGACAGACGACAACAUUGAUCCAUCCUCCGACGCCACUGCGGCGGUUAGCGUCGUCUCCGCCGCAGCAUUUGCAGGAGCACCUCAGGCUGUGAUCCAGAACCCUUUCAGUAACGGGGGCAGUCCUGUCGGGGAGACGGUAGGAGGAGAGACACGUUUCGCCUACUUUCCCGCCGCCGCUGUCACCGACGGGACAGCCACAGCCGUGUCGGUGCAAACCACCUCUGAGCCCACAAUCACACAGGGGGCAGGUCAGUUCUACGUAAUGAUGACCCCUCCUGAUGUGCUGCAGUCGGCAACUCAACGGACCAUCGCACCGCGCACGCACACUUACCCAGGAGACGUUGGUGAAAGCGAGAUGUUGCAGCAUGGCAGCACAAACUGGAAGGUGGACGGUCCACGAGCACCAAGGGAUGAAAGAAGAAGAGCGCAACACAAUGAGGUGGAGAGAAGAAGAAGAGACAAGAUUAACAACUGGAUCGUCACACUUUCGAAAAUCAUCCCUGACUGUAACAUAGACAAUAGAACUGGAGCUAGUAAAGGAGGCAUCCUGUCCAAAGCUUGCGAUUACAUCAGAGAGCUGCGUCAGAAUAACCAACGACUGCAGGAGAGCUGCAAAGAAGUGGAGCGAAUCGAGCUGGACAACGAACUGCUUCGACAACAGGUUAACAAAAUCGUUUAGUGUGCUUGAGGAACUCAAGAGCGACAACGCGCUGCUUCGAGCGCAGCUACAGCAGCACGGCGUCGAACUCAACGGAGACUCAACAGCCCAGUGAUAAACGGACCGGACACCUGUCGAGUCGUAAACAUGCGUUUUUCCCCACUCACCUGAACUCUACAGGAAAGGAAUAACCAUGGGUGAUUACUUCCAUCUCGAUCCCAUUGAACACAAAGUGGGCCAGUGGAAGGACCACUAAUAGACAAUGUCUCCCUCCAUAUGCUGCUGGCCAUUGGCUGACAUUUGCUGAAUAGCCCAGUGAACCCCCCACCACCACCUCUGCUUCAAGGAGAACGACCUCGGCGCUCCACCACACUUGCACAAAGCUUUAUUUUACUGUAAUUUAUAAUUUUGCCACACCUCCUAACUCACCCUUUUUGGUGUAUUUGUUAUUUUUAUGACGCUACCAAAUGAAUAGGAAGUACCACUCACUUAAUUUAUCAACUUUGUCUACAGACAGCACACUUAAUUAUUCUUUUAAGGCAGUUAAUCAGUGAAAUAGUUUUGACGGUGUUGUUUUUGUUUUUUAGCGCAAGACAUCUAGCUCAGGUAAUUGGGGUGAGUGCACUGGCAUCUGGUUUCCAGAUUUUACGUAUAGAUUUUAUUUUUUGAAUCCUUUUUGUUUUGUUUACGGGUGCUAUGAACAGAUCCAUUUUAUCGUGCAUCACAUAAGGUAGGUUACUUUAGUUUCUGGUUAAUGAAUGUGAGGGCUCAUCUAGAGACCUGCCUCUUUUUUGGCCUCGGGCAUUUUUGUUUGUAUUGCUCCCCCACUAAUCAAUUACGCAGAAAUGUUUGGGACCUAUGCGGCUAAUUGAAGGCAAUAAAACAAUGAGCAUGAAUGAAAUGGUA